CCGCACCGUGCCUUUUCCUGGAUGCUGCAAAAACAGGAUUAGGGAGGGUUGAACGGUGUAACAGCACGCCCUAUAUAACACAAGUAUCUGUUGUGUAUAUUGUCACUAUUGAACCGACAUAGCUAGGUAAACGAAAUUUAUCGUCCUAUUACACCAGUUGUAAAACUAGUUUUUGUAAUAGCUAAAUAAUUAAUUGAAAUGGAGCGCUGGAAAGGCAGAGUAGCUCUAGUGACUGGAGCUUCGGUCGGGAUUGGAGCGGCUGUUGCACGGGCACUUGUCCAACACGGCAUGAAGGUUGUCGGAUGUGCCAGGAAUGUUGACAAGAUAGAGAAGCUGGCAGCCGAGUGCCAGAGCGCGGGCUACAGCGGCACGCUGAUCCCCUAUAAGUGUGACCUGUCCUGUGAGGAGGACAUCCUGUCCAUGUUCUCUGCCAUCAAGACACUGCAUCAGGGGGUGGAUGUGUGUAUCAACAAUGCAGGCCUAGCCCACAACGAACCCCUGCUCAGUGGCAAGACCGACGGCUGGAGGAACAUGAUCGAUGUGAAUGUCCUGGCCCUGUCAAUUUGUACCCGCGAGGCCUACCAGUCAAUGAAAGAGCGGAAUGUGGACGAUGGCCACAUCAUCAAUAUUAACAGUAUGGGGGGACAUAGAAUGGUACCUAGUGCAGAUGAACACUUCUACUGUGCCACUAAAUAUGCUGUUACUGCUCUAACGGAGGGGCUACGGCAAGAGCUGCGGGAAGCAAAGACUCACAUCAGAGCCACGUGUAUAUCCCCUGGAAUAGUGGAGACUGAGUUUGCCUUCCGGCACCACAACAGUGAUCCAGAGAAAGCAGCUGCUGUGUAUGAGAGUAUAAAAUGUUUGAAAGCACAAGACAUAGCCAGUGCAGUCACAUACGUUCUGGGCACCCCGCCUCACGUCCAGAUUGGAGAUGUGCAGAUGAGGCCAGUGGAACAGGUGUCAUAGCAACCGAGCAGGAAGGAAUCAGCUGAAGGAGCAGAUAGAGCCAUGGUGACGACUCCUUAGCGACCCCUGCCGGCAACGACGAAAAUAAACUAGGAUUCAACUGGAUGUGGAGUGAAGGGAUCUGUUUGAGGAGGCGUGGAGGUGGUUGUGUGUGGUGAGGAGAGGGUGGGCAGGUACUCUUAACCACCACUGAAUUACUAUGAGUGCUGCAACAUGGUCUUUUGUGUAUUGCUCUGAAGCCACUGCAAACUUAGGAGAGGAGGGUUGUUGCUCCUGUGGUCAUAUAUUCUACCUGACCAUCCUGACAGAGGGAAGAGUAUGCCAUCAAUUGCAUUUUUGUUUUUGUAAGUCAUAACACAUAUCUGUUUAAAAUGAUGGAAGACAACACUGCUAUUCAAUAAAGAAUGAUAAUUAUAUAUAUAUAUAUAUAUAUUUUUUUUUUUUGUAUAGGUAUUUUAGCUUUGAUUAUUGGUAGAUGUGGCUGAUAUUCUGUACUCCCUAACCAUAGAUGCUCAAUCCAUUUCUACGGUCUUAUGUUUUUAAUAACAAGCAGAUUUGGUUAUCCUGGUAUUAAGUCUGCUCGUAUGUUUUUCAAAACCCAUGUCAACCAUCACUAAUCAGAAAAUGUGUAUAAGGGACAUUCAAGCACGCUUACACAACCCCAUUUCCAUAUGAUUUAAAUUGUUUUGCACUUUGGAUCCAUUUGGAGGAGUAUAAAGAAAACACUGUCAUCUUGUCUAGAGGAAGUAACUAACUAGUAUACUCUCCCCAAGUGUGUACUUGUAUGAUAUAGUAGAAGUUUAUCAAUAAAAAUGAUUUAGGGAUUGUCAAAGGUGGCUCCUUUUUGUGCACCAUUAUUUGUUUUGAUCAUGUGUUAAAUCUUUUCAUCUUUUGAUAGCAAUUUACUGUCAAUCUAAAUAACCCUACAUUGUUAGUUAUUCUGUUAAUUGAACAAAUAUAAACUAGAUGGCAUAAUCUCAGACAGGUUUGUAAACAAAACCCCUCAGAAUAUAGGCACCAUCAACUGAUGAUCAUAACUUGGCACACCCUUUGGCUCUUGAGUCAGUUGGCUUUUUAUUUUGCCUUACAUAACAUGACAGAGUUGUACAGUAUGAUUAUAUAUGGCCUACAAUGACAAUAUUUACUGAUUAUUCUUAUAAUACUAAGAGCGUCUGCUAAAUGACUUAAAUAAAAAAAUAAAAAAUAAUACUUAUUUUAAUAAGUGUAAAUAAGUGUAAAAUACUCAUGACUUUUCCAAUAAAUUGAGUCACGGAAAGUGACCAUUUGUCAGAUUGCAAUGGAUAUAAUACAUAAUAUAUAGCCUAUAGGUCGUUUUCAAUAAAACGUCACAAUAACAUUGUGAGACAGGUAGCCUAAUGGUUAGCGCGUUGGGCCAGCUAGUUCAAAUCCCCGAGCUGACAUUGUAAAAAUCUGUUAUCCCACUGUUCCUAGGCCAUCAUUGUAAAUAAGAAUUUGUUCUUAACUGACUUGCCCAGUUAAAUAAAAAAAUAACUUCCCAUUUUCAA